CAAAGGUCUGCCUAUGAAAGAAGUUACAUUUUGCAACCUACUUGCGUCACCUAUCGAUAAAACAAUACACGCCACACGCAGCCGAUGCAUGCGCCAUAAGCGAGACAUGCCACCGAAGCGAGCGAGCCCGUCUGCAAGUGUGAUCGCUCGUCUGUUCGGCGGCCCGUCGUUCUUAUCAAAUUUUUGUUAAAUUUUUUGAUGUAGCCUGGUUUUUGGGCUCCCGGCGUAAAUGCAUCCCUUCUGCACUUCGCCACGGCACCACCGUGGUAUUGGAGUACGGCAAGGGGUGCUCAACCUGCGGACAUGCAACGUGGCACAACGCAGCUGUCAUCGAAGCACUCUGCAGGUAUUGUUGAGGAAUGCACAGUUUGUGCAAAGCACGGAUGAUGUACCGCAGCGCCUAACCGAUCGUAGCUUCAAGACCGCAUUUCGUCCAGAUGGCUGUACACCUAAGGACGAAGGCCCCUCCCAGCGAUAUCCAAGUACACCUGCCUUGCGCUGGCUGAUUCCGACUUGGUACUGUGAAUGUGCUAUCUUCAUCACCCCACCAGCGUUAAGAGACAACAACGCAGUCGAGGACGCAUAAUUAGACACUCGCUAAACUAAACGGCAGGCUGCAGGUUACGAAAACUCUCACCUCCAGAAAGCCACAAAUGCAGUCAGAAUAACGGCAGCGGCUAUAGGAACGUUGCUGUUGAGGGAGUCGAAAACCAUGGCAGUAUAGUACAUUAGCAGGGAAGCACUCGUUUUUAAGAUUUACUCAAAGUACGGCUUAAAGAAACCUAAGCGGAGAGCGGUGCAUGCAAAAGUCCCUGCGAUGUCACGCACGUGUGUAUUAUUAGAUGCGCCGGGAGAACGUGUAGCAGUGUAAGCAGUUUAUCUCCCACAGAUAGCAUAGUGCUGUUCGCCUCGCCGUCAAGUUCAACGGACGUCGGUGUUUAUGCUGUACUGCUCUUCAGUCAACCACUCAUAAAACAACGCCCAGAUUGUCUAUCUUUAUGAAAAAAAGCAGGUUUAACUGCUUUUUUACACUGACUUUUAGCGUGUUUGCAAAAUGUAUUUUAUUCCGCGGACGUGUUUCAUACCAGCUCAUACCAUCUUUUGAUCUUGGAACAGUUUUCCUUUUGUGCAGAAGCUACCUAACGGAAUGGUUGCAAACCUUUCCUAUUUCACCUAUUUAAAUUGUACGCUUAUGCUCCUUAAUCUCUCACGCGCUGUAUCUUUCAACGCUGAUCCUUUUGCGAAGUCAUUUACUCAAUGACUUAGCAACAGUGAAUCCCAGCAUUCGUCACGCGAUUUGUGUUCUCCAUAAAGCAGUGCUCCCGUGUUCUUGGUGACGUAGAGGUUACGAAAUAGCAUUGCUUUCGAUAAAAAAAAAAUAUCCAAGAAAACAUGACUGUCGUUGAAAGGGAUUGCUUAGGCUGGAUUGCUGAUAAUACUUGUUAGUCUCGUGAAGUGGGACAGUAUUAAACCAUUUAGCCAGUUCACCUGAGCGUCCUUAGUAAUCGACAUUGCCUCUAAACAUUAUCGCUUUCGUUUAUUAUCGGUGCACUAAAAUGAUAUUGGUGGUACUACUUCAAUCCUUAUAGCAGGAAGCAAUAAUUUACAUUCGAUGAAGACUACCUAUUAUAAAGUGCGAUUUUAAGAUCUCAGGGCCAAUUACGAUUACCAUAUUUAGGAGCAUGCAAAAUGCAUAUUUGGUUUUAUAAGGUAACCACUGGACCGACUUGAAGUAACUGUGUUUGAAAUAACAUUUAACUGAACCGUUGAAACAAUAUUUGACAGAGCAAUGUCAACUCUAACUUAAUUUAUGAAGUGUAAAAUUAAUUUUGAACAUGAAAUUUUUCACGAACCGUGUCGGAAAUGGGAAAAUAAGGAAAGAUACGAAGUUCAUGAAUUGAUAACUCUGCACUAGUAAAAGUUCAGCAGGUUGAUAUAUUGCAUCUGCUAAAGUAUCUAAAACGGACGAAUAUGACAUAUAAAUAUAUAAUUUACGUGAUUGUUUUACUAUGUGUGCAAGGGUGUUGCGAAAGCCCUACUCAGUAAUUACUAAUAUAUUUCAGGGGAACGAAUAAUACUUACCUUAAAUAUGUUCGCUCUGGAUGUAUACUCAGGUGUAGUUUAUAUACUUGUAAUAUCGUAUUUCAUUGCGUUAUUCACUGUUGAUAUUGUUUUUCAUUUGAUUAUCAAGUUGCACGCUUGAUAGUUACGUUUUGCGAAAUUUAGCUAUAUUUGAGCACUUUUCAUGAGAAAGCAGAAAGCUUAAAUAAAAAAAUCGUUUUGUACAAUCAUUGGAUGUCAUUUUCUUUUAAAUGCAACAAUCCUAAUCAAAUUUGGUCCAGUGGUUGUCGAUAAAAACUCUUUCCCUGGUCCUAUCGUAAGAAAAAAAAAUAAACAACACUCGCUCUGGGCGUGGCUGUUCUAUUUCUUACAUCUGUUUUCCACUCGGGCCGCGAAAUCCUGCACCCCACUUUACAAUUCGAACUUACAGUUCGAACUACCUCUCGAACUUCGAUCGCCAUAUUCGGCUACACUGCUCCAGCGGAAAAUCUGUAAAAAGAGCAGAAAAAGAAAGAAUAAAGAACUGAACACAGCAAUCACAACUCAUCCGUUCUGCCCAAGGUCUUUUAAAGCGACAUACGUGAAGGGAAUAAUUGCCUUUCCUGCGUUGGCCCACAGCAGUUUCACUUGCCGGGUGUAGCCUACACGCCAUGUUUUCUCACCCAGUCUCUCAGAGAAGACGAAAGGGCCUUCAUACUUUGCGUAAAGCUUUUUUGCCAGGUUACUGUGUGUCUUACUGUACCCACACCUUGUCCCGGACCUGGUUUUGUGGCCCUGGUUGGGGACGGCAGUCAUAGUACCGCUUUUGGGCCUUUUGCACGUCGGUAACCCUUUUGCGUGCCUCAACCCGUCCGCUGCGGCAGAAGGUUUGUAGAGAAGUGGUACCUCGGACUUUUACAGGUGUCCAGGUUAUGGACAGUGUCCAAUUUUGGUAUCCAUCCGUACGGAACUUCGCAUUGGAACUUCGCACAGAGUAGUUCCAAUAGAAGUCUGAAAUCCCGUGUUAACUGCGCAUGCAGCUGUUUGUAGGGGGUCACUUGCAGGUGGUUUCUUGACGUCUAUUGUUGUUCUUGCACAGUGAGGGAUGAGCCGGGCCUUUAGGGUCUGGUUGUACUUCUCCGUUAAAACGUUCGCUUUGGGUUGGUAU